GCGAGUGAAAGCACUCCUCCCAUCCCAUUGAUGAUGUCGAGCAUGGGGACGACAUUUGCCCCGAUCACCACGGUAGGAUCGAUUGGCAUGAUUCCAAUCAUGUCGACCCCUACUCCUACGCCGACGACAACAAUGUUCCCAAGCUCGAUAACAACGCCUGGUGGAGCUUUCACGCCGUAUCCAUCGGCCUGGGCUCAAUUUGCUGCUGACCCGGCAAAUGCUCAGGCUCUGCAAGGUUAUCAACAAGUGAUGGCCAUGAUGCAACAGGCAGGGGGCUUCAUGCCAUUUGCCUAUCCUGGUAUGACUCCACCAAUCAUGCCACCUCCGGUGUCGACCCCGUCGACAUUUGUCCCUAGGAUGGUCCCUAUACGUCCGGUGAAUCUGACUGGGACCGUGAAUGAAGCAACACCCUCAAAUGUCCAUGAGGUCGAUGAGGCGGAGCAAGAGGCAGCCCGCAGGAGGAAGGGUAAGGCUAUAGCCAAACCCAGCAAGACCCGAGAUUCGGCGUUCAAACGCCUAGGGGACAAAGAAGAUGGGCCCCGCAAGUCUGCCAAGCUACAUCUUGGUCCUGAGAUGGGCCGGACUAGCGCAAUGGAAAGACUUGGCGGGAAUCGUCCCGUCCAAUCUCGUCGUUCUAGGGAAUCUGAGACGAUUCACCUAGACGAGGAGGAAGCUAAAAGCCAGCCCAGGGCAUCGACAUAUACCAGGGUCUCAUACGAUGAGGAUGACCUGGACAAGAUAGGGAGCGUAGCGAGAAAGCUACGUGCCCUGGAGGAAAAGGUGGAAGAGAAGGCGGGAGCAAAGAAGCAUACCCUGGCAAAAUCCCCUUUUUCGGCCAGGGUACAUGCACAAAAACUGAGGCGGAAGAUCAAGCUGGACGUGGAGAAGUUCACGGGAAAGGAGGAUCCAAAUGUCCACCUUGACACCUUCCACAAUGCAGCACAGAUGGCCGGGUGCACUGAUGCUGAGGAAUGCUUGCUCUUCUUCUCAUCCUUGAGAGGGAGACCAGUGGAAUGGUUUAACGGCCUUCCCCAUGGAAAGAUUGGGUCCUUUGAGAAACUUGCCGAAGUUUUCCGCAAGAAGUACCAGGACAACUGCAUCAAGAGGAAGAAGUUCACCUACCUUAACACGGAAGCCUACAAUACAGCAUGGGAGUAUGCCGAGGCGGAGGUCUUGAACAAGAGCAAGCGGGAGCUGGAGGAAGGCUAUACAAAGGUGAAAUCUGACAAGCCGAAGAAGGAGGACCAGAUGGGAGGGUCCAAGCCAAAGGCCACCUAUGACGGAUCUGUCCAUCAAAUAAGGGAUGAUAAGAAGGGAGAGCAACCCAAGAGGCCAUGGACGGAGAAGUGGUGUACCUACCAUCAAUCUGACUCCCACAACACGGCGGACUGCCGAAAUGUCAGGGCUGUGCUCAAGGAGAUGACCUUGAGAGGGGAAUUGGAUGAAGUACUCGUUACGGGGCUUGAGGAAGACCUAUAGGCGAGUAUUUGAAUCCGCCCACAUGAAUAGGAUCAGGGAAAUCAAAGAGGAUGGACAAAAUAUGGUCAAGAUUACUAAGCUUGCUUUAG